UUUGACAACUUGUGAAUCGCACAGUCACCCGCUUCAAACGCUCUUCAGCAUUCAGAAGAAGGCCGAAAACUGCAAAUUUUUACUGAAGUUUUUCUUUAGCUGCAAAAAUGAUGGAGAUGGCAAACUUUCCGGAAUACGAAGUGCCUGGAAUACGUCAAGUACAGUUUUAUCCAUACGAAUCCAAUGGCGGGAGCGUGGUGGCUAUCGCGGGUGAUGACUUUGCAGUAAUUGGGGCAGACACUCGUUUAAGUUCUGGUUAUUCGAUUCAUACUCGAACCCAAAACAAACUAUUCCGUUUGUCGGAUAAUGUAGUGCUUGCAUCGACCGGUUGUUGGUGCGACACCUUAGCCCUAACCAGCCUUGUGAAGGUGCGCAUGCAGAUGUACAAAGAUCAGCACCAGAAAGAGAUGUCGACUCCCGCUGUCGCUCAAAUGUUGUCGAUUCUCAUGUAUAAUCGACGAUUUUUCCCAUACUAUGUAUCGAAUGUUUUGGCUGGAUUGGACCUAAAUGGCAAAGGUGUUGUUUACAGCUAUGAUCCGAUCGGGCACUGUGAAAUGACUACUUAUCGAGCCGGCGGGUCGGCAGGGCCCUUACUGCAACCGGUGCUAGACAACCAGAUUGGUCUAAAGAACAUGGCCAAAGUUACGCCAGAACUGUUGAAAAUGGAUAAGGCAGUAUCCGUUAUUAAGGACACUUUCAUAUCCGCAACGGAGCGCGAUAUUUACACUGGUGAUUCGGUCAUCAUUAAUAUUAUCACAAAAGAUGGAAUUAAGGAAGAGAUUUUGCCUCUGCGUAAAGAUUAAUUAUUCCUGUCUUCUGGCGGUUUAAGCAUUCAAUAAAGGGAAACUAUUAAAAAAACCCAGCCUACUGA